CCUUCUGCAACUUUUUAUGUGUGUUUUUUGGGCUUUGUGAUGACAGUGAUUGCAACUAAAACUUUUAGUUACAAUUCAAUGAGAUCAGCCACAGGAGAUUUUCAUCCAUCUACCAGAAUUGGUGGAGGAGGUUAUGGAGUUGUCUACAAGGGUGUAUUAAGAGAUGGUACUCAAGUUGCUAUCAAGUCUCUGUCUGUAGAGUCUAAACAAGGAACAAAGGAAUUUAUGACAGAAACUGAAAUUAUAUCAAAGAUACAGCAUCCAAACCUUGUGCAACUUAUUGGCUGCUGUGUUGAGGGCCACCAUCGGUUGUUGGUGUAUGAGUUUUUGGGAAAACAAUAGCCU